UCUGUAAUGAAACAUGAUUCUAUUCGUAUUCAGGUAAAUAAUUAUGAUUCAUACCAGAGUUUACCUCUGUGCCUCGAUAGUUUGGAGCUACAGGUAGCACAAGUACCGGUGAUACGCGUAUAUGGUGCCUUAGUGUUUAUUCACAAUUCGGUAAAGUAUGGGUACAACGCGUUGCUCCAUAUCCAUAACGUAUAUCCGUAUGUAUACGUGUCAUGUGACUAUGAGUUCGUGAAGUCCCUUCCAGAAAUUACCCACUUGGGUCAUGUGACAUCAUAUCUUGAGGCGUUCAUGGCCGCUUCGGCGUGGCAGAAGAAGAAACAACCAGAGGAGGAAGAUGAGCAGCAGUCGAAUGAACUCGAUAUUACCCAACUCAAAUCAGGAAAAAGACGGUUCAUAGCCAAAGUAUCGCUAUGUAAAGGGGUUCCCAUAUACGGGUAUAGAGUGGGAUACAGGCUAUUUUACAAGAUCAACUUUCUUUCUCCCUUGUACAAAGCUCGUUUUACCAAUUUGUUUAAUGGCAAACAAGUGGAUAUGAAGCAAUUUUCCAAAUCCAAGUUUAAGUUUGAGAUAUACGAAAGUCAUAUUCCUUACUUGUCUCAGUUUCUAUCCGAUUAUAACUUAUUCAGUUGUAAUUGGCUUAACUUCAAAAAUUGUUAUUACCGGUAUCCUGUCAUAUCCGUCAAUAGCUAUAUGGAUUCCAAACAGCUUUCGAUAUUGAAACAGUAUCUACUGAAACGAAUAAGAAAUAACGUGCUUCAUACACGGUUUGAAAGAGUCGGAAAGUCGGUGUUGGAGUUGGAUAUCAAAUCGAGCCACAUCUUGAAUCGUGAUUCACUCGUGGAACAGCAGUAUAAUAUGGACUUUAGCCAAUUCAACAGAGAGCCAAAGAAUAUUGGCUUGAGCUCAGUAGACUUGUUGAUCAAGGAAAUUAAGUUUCAAGCUGAUAUUUGUGGUGUGAGCUUUGAUUUCAACAGUGAUAUAAUGGGUACAAACGUGGAUGACUCUACUACUAUAUGGCCCAAUGACGUUCAGCUACGAGAAUUAUUAGAUUACUCAAUCACAUUAACUGGGAAGAUAAAGAACAAGAACUUCAAAGACUACGAUAAUGCGUACUUUAGAAGCUUCAACCACAUAUUGGAAAAGUAUCCCACCGCCUUCAAAUUAGUAGACGUCGAGAAGUCUUAUAUGAACCUGAAUGUAUUAGUCAAUGACUUGUACAUGUAUAAUGAUAUCAACGAGCUAUUCAUUGCUCAAGAUUCACUGUUCCAUGAAGAUAUAAGCUUUGUUGGAUCUACACUUAAGGAUUCCGAUUCCGAUUUCACCUUGAGUGAUAUUGCGGAAAGUGCAAUUAACGAUAGUCAGAUGUUUCUUGAGCUUACACAACAACAAGGUCAUACUCAGACCCCAUUAACUAAUGAAGGACAGGAACCAACCUUAUCAACGCGAGAUGUUCUCAGGGAAUUUGGUGAAUUGGGUGUGGUGAAAAUCAACUAUGAUACUCCUUAUUAUGAUGAUUACAGGGAUACACCAGAAAAGCCUUUGGUCUUCUCCAACAAGAAAAUCAAGGUGCCUGUGAAGGAACUCAACACACUUCCAAAUUUAUCUUUGGAUUCGACAGAAUUCUCAAGUCUUGUGAAACAACAAGUUGGACAUAGUAGCAUGAAGCUCCAAAGCUGGGAAUAUUAUUCACAGCCUCCUCUGAAACGAGCUAUUAUCCAGUCCUAUGAACAUGAAGCGCUUGAGCUGAAUAAGCGAUCCAAAUUUGUAUCCCAACUAGAAGCUGGGGGUUCGAAGUCUAACGACUUCAAGUUCAGUCUGAAUGAUACCAUUGACAAACGUCCAGAUGAUUUUGUUGAGCUAACUAACUUUCUUAUGGAAGUUCAUGUUAACACUUCUUCAACCAAACUACCAAAUCCACAGACAGAUGAAAUUUCGGUGAUAUUUUACAAGUUUAUUGAUCUGAAUGCAAUGGUUCCAUCCCCAAUUUUAAAAUCUGGAAUUCUUAUCAAUAAAAAAUCUUUUCCUGAUAUACUGAAGUUAAACUUAGUUGGCCUAAGACGGAUUUUAGGUGAUAUCCAAUUUCUAAUCUUUGAUAACGAACUGAGUGCUGUUUCUAAGUUGUUGGAAGUAGUCGAGUAUUUUGACCCUGAUAUUCUUUCUGGGUUUGAGAUCAAUUCAAUGUCUUGGGGCUAUUUAGUUGAGAGAUUCCAAAAGAAGUUGAACAUCAGCUUGCUCUCCCAAUUGAGCAGAUCCAAGAUAAACAAUACCGGAAAAUUCGGUGAUCGAUGGGGAUACACUCACACAUCCAAUAUUCGAAUUGUUGGAAGAUAUACUUUGAAUGUAUGGAGAGUGCUUAGAAAAGACUUGGCUUUGAACAAUUACACUUUUGAAAACUGCUGCUACAAUAUCUAUCACCAAACACUUCCAAAGAUUGAAAAUCAGAGACUAUCGCUGUUCUUGAAAGGUGAAUUCAAAGAACAGCUUUUUGGCUUCUCCUAUUAUGUUAACAAAUUAAACAUUGUUGAGUAUUUCAUCAGUUCCCUUGACAUCAUAGAUAAGAAUGUUGAACUUUCAAGAUUAGUUGGCAUUGAUUUCAAUUCAAACUUCUACAGAGGGUCUCAAUUCAAGGUUGAAUCUAUUUUAUCUCGAUUAGCAAAAGCGGAAAACUUCUUGUUAAAUUCUCCUUCCAAAGAACAUGUUCACCAAAUGAAACCUUUAGAACAGAUUCCAUUGAUUAUGGAACCAAACUCCGGUUUCUACAAAUCCCCCUUGUUAGUAUUAGACUUUCAAUCAUUGUACCCAUCAAUUGUGAUUGCCUAUAACCUAUGUUAUUCUACAUUUUUGUGUCGGCUUCACGGUUUCAAACCAAGUAAGAAUCCCAUUGGAUACUUGAAUCACAUGAACCUCUCACCUAUGAUUAUUGAUCUUCUACAUAAGAACGACUGUUUGACAGUGACUUCCAAUGGACUAGUUUUUGUGAAGAGCAAGAUAAGGAAAUCAAUUCUAGCCAAGAUGUUACAAGAGAUCCUCACGCUUCGGAUUAACAUCAAGUCUUUUUUGCAGCUAAUAAACCAAGAUGAGAAUCCUCAAAUGGUCAAAGUAUUCAAUUCCAGACAGACAGCUUUAAAACUAAUUGCUAAUGUGACCUACGGGUAUGCAUCUGCCUCCUUCAGUGGUAGAAUGCCCAAUUCGGAUGUUGCAGAUGCAAUUGUUGCCACAGGUAGGGAAAUCUUAACUGCAUCAAUUGAUAUUAUAGAAAAGAGCGAAUUCGGGUGCAAAGUUGUGUAUGGUGAUACCGAUUCAUUAUUUGUUUAUCUUCCAGGUAAAUCAAGGGAUGAUGCUUUCGAAAUAGGCGAAACUCUAGCUAAGACAGUCAGUGCAGCAUUUCCUAAUCCAGUGAAAUUGAAGUUCGAAAAGGUCUACCAUCCAUCUAUUCUUUUGAGCAAAAAACGGUAUGUGGGAUACAGCUACGAGCUCAAAGAUCAGUUAAAACCCAAGUUUGAUGCUAAGGGGAUAGAAACAAUUAGAAGAGACGGAAUACCUGCUCAACAGAAAAUUGUGGAAAGAGCAUUGAAAAUACUUUUUGACACAAGUAAUUUAUCUUCGGUCAAGAAAUACGUCUCAGAGGAAUUUCGUAAAAUCCUCUCAAACAAGGUAAUUAUAAAGGAUUUCUGCUUCUCUAAGGAAGUCAGAUACGGCACAUACAAGAAUGAGGCAUAUCUUCCUCCAGGAGCAAUAGUAGCCAGGAGGAACAUCGAAAAUGAUGAAAGAAGCGAACCUCAAUAUAGAGAAAGAAUUCCCUAUAUUGUGUAUCGAGAUCCUACCAAACAACGAUUAAAAGAUCGGUGUGUUUCUCCUGAGGAGUUUAUCGAGAGGUUGAAUACUUCCGAACCAAUGCAGUUGGACUAUGAGUACUAUAUCUUAAAAGUAUUGAUACCUCCGUUGGAAAGAGUCUUCAAUUUAAUGGGAGUGGAUCUCCAACAAUGGUAUAAGGAACUUUCAAAACCAGAUAAUGAUAUUCAGCUGACAUCGUCUGGUAUCACGAAUUCAGUGUUUAUUCAAAAGAAAUCUUGUAUCAAUUGUCAAAGACGAAUUAUCGUGAAAAAUUCUAAGCUCUGUCACGUAUGCUUGAAAGAUACACCUCUGUUGAUACUCAGUAGCAAACUUGAACAAAAGUAUCUACAAACCAAAUUAUCUGAUCUCAACAAGGUAUGCGGUAUUUGUGUUAGCCAUGAAAAUGUUAAAGCCACCAACCAAGUAUUUUAUGACAACUGCAAGAACAAGGAUUGUUCAACUUAUUUCAAUCGUAUAAAGACCAUGAACGAACUCAAAAUAUCAACCCAAAGAAGUGACGAACUCUUCGAGGUUCUUGAUCGGUGAGGUCUAUGUUCCCAUAAUUUUGCAUUUAUAGAGUAUUGUCAAAUUUCAACCGCGUUUUUAUCAAAACAUCAUCAACUCUAUUUAAAGAAAAUACCCAAUGCCAUACACGAAGGAAAUAACAUUGCCCGAGGGUUACACCUUCAGAAGGUUAGAAAAGUCUGACUACAACAACAAUUAUAGAGAAACUUUACAGGUAUUGACGACAGUAGGAGAAAUAUCCGAGUCCAAGUUCAAUGAUCUAUUUGAAAACUGGAACGCAUUACCCAACAUCUUCCACCCGCACGUAAUUACCAACGAACAAGGCAAAGUGGUGGCAACUGGAAUGUUGUUUGUGGAGAAGAAAUUGAUCCAUGAGUGUGCUCUGUUAGGUCACAUUGAAGAUAUUUCAGUUGCAAAAUCUGAACAGGGAAAAAAAUUGGGUUACUCCAUGAUCGUGGGAUUAACAAAAGUGGCUCAACAACAAGAAUGCUAUAAGGUAGUAUUGGACUGUUCUCCUCAUAAUGUGGGCUUCUAUGAGAAAUGUGGAUAUGGUAACGGAGGGAACAACAUGUACAUCAAGUUUUAGAUCGGUGAUUUAUUCAUACUAUACACAAUUAAGUCAUUUAUAAUGUCUUUAGACCAUUUAUAUCUUUUCUAGAGCCUAAAAUCUUGUUAGUAUUACCUUCAACGGUAGUUGGUGUUUUCAAUACAUACCUCCAUUGAAACAAUUGAAUUUCCUCUGAUAACCUUUGAGAUUGUUAGUAAGCUGUUGAGUUAAAUAUUCUCCUUCAAGUUGUUCAAUACAUACCACUGUUCCUAUGUUGGACGUAUCA